GAGGGAGAAAGCGGGGAAAGCUCAGUUGGCUCUGCAGCAGCUCACGGUCACAUCUCUGCAAAAAUCCCACGCUCUCUAAUGAGACUACUUGUUACUCGCACUACUUGUUGUUCUCACGUACCCACCACCACCGCCUCCAAAGUCACAUACGAACCAACCCACCUGCACAAAGUCUCCCUCCUUCCAUACAUCUCCUCCACUGAAACAUGACAAAUCCGUGUCCUCUUCUGCAUCAGGAUAACGAAGCUGACUGAGGAGCUGUGUAGCCUCCUCCGAUUUAUUCCAGACAAAUAUUUACCCUUUUGCUCACUUUGUGAGGAAAAGUAGGACUUGAGGAAGCGAGACGGUUUGGCUGGUUUCCUGCCAGUCCGUAUAGCUAAAUACGUAGUUGAGGAGAACGGUGUGUUCCCCGCUGGUUUGGAUGGACUGGGGUCUCGUCCUCAGUAAUGCAGCAGAGAGAAGGAGUGGAGUGAAUCAAAGUUGGUUGUCGGUGUGGAUCAGUGGACAAAGAAAUUGAUUUUUACUCAUUGGAGAGAGCACGUUAUUGAGAUUUAGUUGGUGGAGGUGAAAGUAAAGAGAUUUUGGCCAAGAUCUAGGAAUCUGGGACUCGGAGGGAGAUGCGGAGAUAGGAGAGAAAGGAGAAGUCCAUCCAAAGCCCCAAUCAACGUCAACCCUUGCGACUACUCAGAUGGAGGAAAGUAGCGUCGAACUGGAGUCGUCCUCUGAUUUCUAUCUCGUCGGACCAUCCAUGGAUCAAACUAACGCGUCGUCCCCCUCAUCCCGCGGAGGUUCGGACCUCAAGUUCGACCCCACUUUUGAAGAGACGACGACCACGUUGCGAUGGGCCUUCUGGGUCCACACGUACACCUUCGGCUGUCUCUUCUUCUUCCUGGCGUUCUACUCAUUCUUCUCAAUUCUCAACCUCAGAUCUCAACUCUCGACUCGACCUUACAUGACGACAAUCAACAGUUUCCUGUGUAUCCUGGGUGCCUCCAGAGCAAUCGUGCUCUUCGUGGACCCGUACGGUUUGGAACAUAGGCUGCCAGCCAUUAUGGGAGCCCUGCUUUGGGACUUGGGGUUCCCAGCCCUCGUCUCUUCUUUCAGCCUCAUCCAAAUCGCGUUCCUCCAACUCACUCAAUACGUUCCGCAUCACAAACUGUGUCGAACCUCACCCACUGAACCGCUCUUCGUUGUUUCCGAGUGGAACAGCACGCCCGUCAUGGCUGGCGUGGUGGGGCCGGAGGCAUUUCGGAGGAAGAAAACCUGUCUUUCCCUCAUUAUCACCCUCCAUUUCAUCUCCGCCAUUAUCUCAGCCAUCUACACGAGUCUCAACACGGAUCUCAUGGUGGGCAAAUUGGUGACUCAGCUUUUGUUCGCGACCUGGGGAUUCGUCCUCUGCGGAUCCUUCAUUGUGGCAGGAAACCAGGUGAUGCAACUCUUGAGCGGCGGAUCGUCCUCGGGCGGAGGUUCCAGCACCACCAAUGACAAAGGGGUUGCCAACUUGAUGAUGGGGAUGAUGGGUGGUGCUGCUGGUGGUGGAGGUCAGAAUCUGGCCUCAUCUCUCACAGCCGCCCUGGCACCCACGCUGCUGCAAGGCUCCUCCUCCUCCUCAGGUGUCGGGUCCUCCUCCUCCACCACCAAGGACAAGGACUCCACGCCCAGGAUCAAAAUAACGGACGAACAUGACCGCACAGUCUCCGCCUCGGACUCAUCCAGACUCAACGACAUUCCUGAAUUGCCCGAGGGGAACGGGGGUCGAAGUGGGACCACUCCAGUCCAGAGUCCUCGAUCCUCAUUUUCAGGUCCAGGAGCUGCAGGUGGCACGGGAGGAGCAGGCCCUUCGUCGACGUCUCACGUUCGUCCCCCGAGUCCCAUCCUGCCCCGAAGGAAGAGCUCUGGACCUGGCCUGCGUGGAGGAAUCCCACCUUCUUCCUCCGCCGCAGGGGGGCCACGACGCCUCAGUUGGAGGAGGGAGUCUGGGGACUUGGCGAGUGACCCGAGUGACCCCAGGAAAAAAUCUCUCACUUGGUACGGCGAGACCACGGAACGAAUCUCUGUCGCUCAGGAGAAACGACGUGCAUCGCGACAGUCCUUUGACGCUGGUCUUGGUCCAAAUGAGACGAACAAUCCUGACAGGAACAACGGGGUGAAGGAAACGCUUCUCAUGUCGAGUACGUCAACGGCGGUGGGUGCGGACUCGGAUUACACGCUUCAGACGAUCCUUUCCCACAUCGCGUACGUCAACCAGACCGCGCUGGAUUAUCGUCUCUCCAGAAAAUUGUCACGAACCAACCAGGUUCACAGGGUGGUUAAAUUCACGUCCUACACGGCCGUGCUCGGCUUCCUGGUCUGCAUUGGGGAAUUGGUCCGUCUCAUAAGUCCGCUGGGCCUCUUGGCACCUGACGAUGGGACGACGCCCUCCCUCUGGCUCUGGUUCAUCCUCCACACGAUCUGCCGUGUGUUCGAGUUUGCAAUGGGAGCAACCGUGGCAAACCUUACGAAGCAACCAGUCAACCGACCUGCCCAUUAUGCAUACUCGCACAAGCAUCACCGAGAAUCGUCCGGUCUCUAUCUUUAAAAGUCAUCAUGUUCCCAUGACCUUUACAACACAUCAUCAAAUCACAUAUUAACUGACGACUACGACCUUUGGUAUACGUCCACAGUCCACAAUUACAUAAUUAGAUUGGUGCUUCUAAUAUUUACUCAGAACAAGAAAAGAACCACCUCAUUUACAAUUUUGUACGUAAACACGUAACACAUCAGAUGAAUCUCAACUGGAUCAUGUAAACAUUUUUAAAACUUUUUCGUGUUUCGAUGAUAUGAAUCGUGUUUUAUUUUAUUAAUCAAAAGUUACUCUGAAUUGUUACACUCGUAGAUUUUAGUCAUUUCGUUCUAGAAUACGUUUGCAAAGUACAAUCCGUAAAAACUACAAGGUGAGAAUGACUUUAUUGUUCAGUGCUUUCCGUCGAGAAUGAGAGAAAUAGUAGUAUUUAUACUAAUUAAGUGACAUAUUUGCAUAUGUAUGUAAAUGAGCGUUAUAAACAUAUAUCGCAUGCCAUGUUACAAAAGAUUGUGGUUAAAGUUGUGCCAAUUGAACCAUGAAAUUUUUUUCUGUUCCAAUGAAAGCUAAAAUUUUCUACCUGACUCAAAAAAAUAAACUGACUGUGGUAGCUCGUCAAAUUAAAACUAAUCGUAAGUACAUUGUACAUAUAUAGAUAAAUAUGAAAUUAAUAUGAAAACUUAUCAGUAUUAUGUAUUCGUCGUAUUGUGUAUAUUAUCGUGUAUUAUUAUGCAUACAUAUUCAGUGUAUUCUAACAUUUAAUUAAGGUUUAAAAAAGGUAUGAAACAGUGUGAAAAACGUGUUCUAAGUAGUUCAUAUUGCAUAUUUUGUGGAGGUACAUACAUUUAAAAAAAAUAUUGAAUAAAGAUUGGUGUCCAUAUUUGGUUAA